UCACACCACUCCUCAGCACACGCUUUCUCUCUCUAGAAUUUUCUUCAUUUACCUAACCACUUUAUUUGGGCAGAAAAACAACACAAUACCCAAAACCAAAACCAAACACAUAGACGAAGAACACGAAGAAGAAGAAGAAGAAGAAGAAGAAGAAGACGACGAAGAAGAUUGUUGUGAUAAGAGAUUGUGAUGUUGCGAUCGUGUUACAGGCCGCUGGAGCGGUGCUUUGGGUUCCGAUGCUGUGGCGGAAGCGGCGGCGGAGGAGGAGGCGGGGACGGGCUUUUGUGGCACACGGAUUUGAAAUCGCACGCCGCCGGCGACUACUCGAUCGCGGUGGCUCAGGCCAAUUCCAGCCUUGAGGAUCAGAGCCAGGUCUUCACGUCUCCGUCCGCAAUCUACGUUGGCGUCUACGACGGCCAUGGCGGUCCCGAAGCUUCUAGAUUCGUCAACAAGCAUCUCUUCCCUUAUUUACAGAAGUUUGCGACAGAACAAGGGGGAUUAUCAGCAGAUGUUAUAAGGAAGGCGUUUAGUGCCACUGAAGAGGAAUUCUUGCGUUUGGUAAAGCGAUCAUUGCCGGUAAGGCCUCAAAUCGCUUCAGUCGGAUCGUGCUGCCUUGUUGGUGCCAUUACAAACGACGUUCUUUACGUGGCGAAUCUCGGGGACUCGAGGGCGGUCCUCGGCCGGCAAGGCUCUGAGACCAAGAAGAAUCCGGUGGUGGUGGCGGAGCGGCUUUCAACUGAUCAUAAUGUGGGGGUUGAGGAGGUGAGGAAGGAGGUUGAAGCGCUUCAUCCUGACGAUUCUCACAUCGUCGUGUAUACUCGCGGAGUUUGGAGAAUAAAGGGCAUCAUUCAGGUGUCAAGAUCUAUUGGUGAUGUAUAUCUGAAGAAGCCUGAGUUUAUCAGAGAUCCAAUUUUCCAGCAAUUUGGAAACCCUGUUCCUCUAAAGCGACCAGUGAUGACGGCAGAACCCUCAAUCCUUAUAAGAGAGCUUAGACCGCAGGAUUUGUUCCUGAUCUUUGCAUCAGAUGGCCUCUGGGAACAGUUAAGCGAUCAGGCGGUGGUGGAGAUUGUUUCUAAAUACCCAAGAGCUGGAAUAGCAAAGAGAUUGGUAAGAACUGCUAUUCAAGAGGCUGCUAAGAAGAGGGAGAUGAGAUACGAUGACAUAAAGAAAAUCGACAGAGGAAUAAGGCGCCAUUUCCAUGACGAUAUCACCGUCGUGGUAGUGUUUCUUGAUCACCAUGAAAGCUCCUCAAAGCGUAGAUUUAAACAGCAUUCUGUUGGCUGCACAACUGCACCAGUUGACAUCUACUCAAUGAGUGCCGAUGCAUCGGAAGAAGAUUUGUUCUCCUGAACCAAGAAAAUCCUUGGAAGGGUGAAAUUGACAUUUUUGGGGAAAGGUCUUUUUGUUACCAAUAAUUUAUAGAAUAUGAGGGUCGUCCUCUGGAUGGAUGGUUAUAUGGGCAUUACAAAAAACAAAAACGAAAGACAAACACACAAAAUCAUGUAGAUAUCCGAGUCAUUAAAAUAGAUGCUGACUGGUCGGUAUUUAUUGCAAUUUACAGAUUUUAUCAAUCAGAGGUUACUGGGUUGUCAUUCUUUUCUGAAAUUGAGGGUUAUUUA